AUGACUGUACCCUUUAGUGGACCUCUCCUUAUGGUGAAAGCAGAAGAAGUUGCCAAGAAAUUAAAAAGUAAGGAAUUUUUGUGCAGCGGAGGCUGGAUUGAGAGAUUCAAGCAACGUCAUGGCAUUAUUUUUAGCAAAGUGAGGGGUAAAACCAACAGUGUAAAUGCUGCAACAAUCCAACAGUGGCUCACUACCAUAUGGCCUAAAAUUCGUGAAGGAUAUGCAGACAUCUUUAAUGCAGACGAGACUGGUAUUUUCUAUAAAUUGACCCCUGACAAAACUCUGAAAUUCAAGCGCGAAAAAUUUGUUGGUGAGAAGUUAUCCAAAGAACAAAUAAUAGUUCUGGUUUGUGCAAGUGCAGAUGGAACUGAGAAGAAAAAAUUGCUUAUGAUGGGGGAAUCAAAAAACUCUUUGUCUUUUAAGAAUGUAAAGAAUCUUCAGUGCACUGCAAUGCUAAUAAAAACAAUCCUCGGAGCUGGGUCGCAGCACAAACUUCACGAACUAUUUCCCUCAUUUGGGAAAACAACUGAAGGAAUAAAUGCAGCCGAAAUUGAAGACACCUCCUAUGACACUGAUGCUCUGCCGCUAACUGCAUUUCUACCAGAAAUCAACUGUAAUAUUCUCAAUCAAUGCGACUAUGAAAUGUAUACAACAACAGAUGAUGACCUUGUUACAACUGAAGCUCAAACUGAAGACGAAAUUGCAAAUGUAGUGAAGAAUCAGUGCCACAGUGACCAUGAAAUGAGGGAAGGAGAUGAAGAAGAAGAGGAAGAAAAAAAAAAUGAAGUGCCUGUCCCUACUGUGAGUGACGCUUUAGAAGCCAUUGGAUUUGUGAACAUGUUCUAUGAAGCUAGGGGAGGGAGAAGUAAAAUUGCAAAUGAAAUAAUGAACAUAGAACGUAAUGUAGGAAGUGUGUGUUGGGCAAGUAAACAGUAG